AUGGAUAAAAUUGAAGACAAAAAAAAAAUAAAAUAUACAAAAAAUUUGAAAGUUCCUCCUUACAAUUUGUAAAAUGAUGGUAAAUAUUACAACGAUACAUUAAAAUUCAAUGCGCACUAGGGUCAUGGGUUUGCAGCUGAACAAGCGAACAAUCUGGUUGAUUAAUAUAAAGGAGAUAAAGCUGUUGUACUUAAUGAGAAUGUGAAAAACGGACCUGAUAGAAUUGUAAAUGGAGUUUAGAUACAAACUAAAUAUUGCAAGAAUGCUUAAACUGCUGUUUAAAACUGCUUUAAAGAUGGUAAAUUUAAAUAUAGUGGUUAAUAAAUUGAAGUUCCUCCUGAAUAAUAUGACGAGGUGGUACGAUUGUUUGAAAAAAGGGGAAUAAAAAAUGCUAUAAUCAGAAAGGGACAUGUCAGCUAUAAAGUAGCUAAAAAUAUUGCUAAGUUUGGUACUAUUGAAGGUCUUACCUAUGAUGUUGUUACUGGUAUAAAUAUAGGUAUUAAUGCUUUUGGUAUUAGUGCUUUAUUCAGUUUUGCUUUUACUAAAUGGAAUGGAGGGAGUACAGAAGAAUGUGUUAAAAAUGCUUUAUAAACAUCUUCAUAAAUUUUUGGAAUGAAUGUUGUGUCACAUGUAUUUUCUCAAUAAUUCGCUAGAUCUAGUUUAAACGGUUUUGCUCAUUAAUCGACACUAAAUGUAUUGUAAAAGGUCUUAACUAAAGAUUAAUUUGCUACAUUUGCUAAUAGCUUUAGAGACGAGGGUGCUAAGAAAAUUUAUGGUGCUGCUGCUUAACAAAAUGUUGCUAAAAUGGUGAAAGGUUAAGCUGUCUUUGCUGCUGGUAUCUUAGUCCUUUAAACAGGUUGGGAUGUAAUAAGUGUAACAAGAGGGAAAAUAUCUGGAAAAUAGCUUGCUAAAAAUUUUUUCAGUAACCUUGGUAGCGCUGGAGGUGGUCUUGCUUGUGCAGUGUAUGGAACUUGUAUAGCAGGACCUGUUGGAGGUUUAAUCGGGGGAAUAGUAGGUGGAAUAAUUUCUUAAUUUGCCGUUAAAAAAGUACUUGAUUAAAUUACUCCUGAUGAUCUAGAUGAGAUGGCAGAAAUUUUAAAUAAUUAAAUUAUAAAACUUUAGAAAGAAGAAUAUUUGCUUACUGAAUAAGAGUUUAAUGAAGUUCUAAAUAAAAUUAAAUCAUAAAUAAACAAAGAUUUCCUUCAAAAUAUGUUUGAAAGCUCAGAUAGAUAAUAAUAUGCUAAAAAAAAAUUAAAAGAUUAUUUCUAAUAGGCUUUAAAAAAUAGACCAAAGGUUAAAGUAAAUGAAGAAAUUAAUAAUUAUUUUAAAAAUGAAGGAUGA